CUCUUGGGUUUAGUAAAUGUAGAAGUGCAUUGCUCACAUUUAAAUUGGAUACAGCUUAAUUCACUGAGAAUGUGCUCUAUGUCAGUUGUCUAGCAACAUGUCUCUGCACGUAGUGUUGCAAGUGUCGUCUCCCCACGUUGCGCAAUAGUCGGUGUCAGUGGCAAGCGAGUCGAUGCAAACAGUCUCCGCUUGUAACACGUGGAUGAUAAAUCGGCGCGUCCUUGCGUGUGUGCUGGACUUAGGUACCUGUGACGUUACUGGCUUGUUAGGGUUCAACAGAAAGUACCGCAGAAGGAACCGAUGCCGUGAAUGAACACGUUCAGAUGCGAGAGACAGAGGCGGUGAGCGGAAAGGAGGGUGGACAGUCGGUAAACUUAUAGGCGCUGUGCGUGGUUCUGGAUCUCAAUCUGCCAGUCAGGUCCAUUUUUACCUCUUGUCCAUCUUUUUUUUUUUUUUUUGCCACGACUUUCUCGCACCUGUGCGCACCGAUGAUCGAUGACCUCAAGGAUGAUGGAGCUCCGCAGUCUCUGCCGCCGGAUUUAGACGAACGAACCCUCCCACGUUGUUCACUGUUUUGAGAUCAUGGAAGAAGGAGCCGCUGGAUUGAUAAAGACUGAGUGAGGGGGAAAAAAAUGUUUCUGAAGGCAUCGUGCGUUACGUUGUUUCACAGGUUAUCUGCCGACUGACCAGAUCCAGCCAGAUUCAGCCGGGGACCGUUCAUCCCCUGAGGAUUUUCAACACCUUUAUGUGUUGAAAAGCAAAAUGAACAGUUGAGGUUUUGUUGCACUUUAAAGAUAAGUGUUUUAUCCCCUUUUGUUAUCUAAGAAGAGCAGCCACCUCUUAUCGAGACAUGGGUCGUCUGAUUGUUUUGGUCAACUCCAUGCUCCUGUUGCUUUUUGGCAGCGACGUCUUCUUGGUAGGAGCUAACCGGCCCCCGGCCCCGGUCAACGUGUCUGUCAUGCACCUACGAGCCGACUCAGCAACCGUGUCCUGGGAGGUUCCGGAGGGGGAUAUAAUAAUAGGAUUCUCCAUAUCUCAACAGAGGCAGGACGGACACAUGCAGCGAUUCAUUCGUGAGGUCAACACCACCAGUCGUUCUUGUGUUCUUUGGGACCUGGAGGAGGAGACGGACUACAUCAUUCAAGUCCAGUCCAUUGGGCUUUACGGGGAAAGCCAAGCCAGCAAGAAAGUUCACUUUCGCACUCUUAAGAAAACUGACCGGUUCUCUUCUAACAGCUCUAACCAAGAUGACCCCACAGUGCAGGGCCUGGACAAGUCUCGGCAUCUUCAAACGGGGGAGAUGAUCAUCAUUGUUGUCGUCUUGGUCAUGUGGGCAGCUGUUAUAGCCCUGUUCUGCCGGCAGUAUGACAUCAUAAAGGAUAACGAUUCCAGCAACAAUAAGGAAAAGGUCAAGCCGUUGUCGGAGAGGAGCACACCGGAGCACCACAGUGGAGGACUACUAAGAAGCAAGUUUCAUCCCUCUGUGCCGUCUAUAAACAUUAUUGAAGUCUGACAAGAAGAAGGCCAAACUUGAACUUUUGCAUCUUCAACUGUUAAUGCUUUCUUUCUUUCUCUCCAAGUCGGAAAAAACAUCCAGAGAAAAACAGAGAUGAUAAGAGUUACUUAUAAAGCAUUUAUUGAUGAAAGAGCGUUAACAGAAGACUGAUAAGCAUUCGUGCUUUUUGGGGGGCAGGGGAAGAAAACGCGUACAUUUGUGUUCUGACACAGGUACUACUUGCAAUUGCUGAAAAACUAUUCCUCUGCAAAUUAGUAAGACUUGAUUUAAUGUUAAUCCACGGUGCAGAAAACACUGAUGUCUUUGCUGGGUGCUUGCUUCAAAGCUGCAAUAUGAAACAGUAAUUUAUCAUCUCUGGGAGGCGUGUCUUUGUGACGCUAAACACGCAGCAUAUUUUUGAUAUUGGCAUGUGCAGUUAUAUACUCUGUUCACCUCUUAUAGACAAGUGCGAGUAGUGUUCAUAUGCUGCCUGGACAUUAUAAUGCUUUGUGAUUACUGUGAGUAGGAUCUGAAUAGGAUCAAAGAAAGUUUGUGUUAAAAACUUUUCUCUGAAAAUAACAUCAAUACAACAUUUCCUUUUUUUUUGGUUCAAACUAAACUGCCAAUUUUUGGAUAACACUGUGUGUUUUCAUAUUUCACAUAUAAGAAACACAUUUUAGUUUCCUGAAAUAAAGUUGCAUGCAGGGUAUGUAGAAAACCAUUUGAACUUAGAAACUCAAAAUGGAGAAAAAAAAGCAUUUACAUGUGCCAAGAAGCUUUAUUGUAUAUUUAGUCUGCUUUUAGAGAAGGUUGCUACAUCUAAACAUGCAGUGCAUAUUUAUUGUAAUUUCCUGAACACAUUUUUUUCUGACCUGUAGAAUAAAACUUGUUUUGAAAUGUCUCAUUAAUAAAAUAAAGCUAAUACAAUAAAGAUAAUUGAAUGGGAAGCUACAAAGUACUUCAAUUGUUUGCAAAAAUACUUGUACAUAAAACAUUUUCAGGGUUGUAAAUUGCUAGGGAGGCUUUAAGACAAUUGCAUUUCAGUAAUAAAGAUCCUGUAAAGACUCUUAUGAUUAUGCACUGUAAGGUUGUUCAGUCCUUAGUAGAAAAAUAAAUGUGAAUUACAAGUAAAAUUGUGAGUCAAUGU